AUGGCGCAACUGCAAACAUUUUUCAGCGGCUGCGCAGCCGUAAACACGCUGGUCCGCCGAUUUGCGCGUAACGCUGUCGUUUUGCAGAGAAACGCCUGCGCUGCGACUUUGGGGGACCGGCACAUCGGCUUGCCGGCUUUCGGCGCUCGGCAGCUCCACGCAUCGGCGAGGCUUCUGGAGGUGAAGACGAUGAUGCUGCCAUCGCUGGGCGACUCCAUCAGCGAGGGCACCCUGAGCGAGUGGAAGAAGGCAGUGGGCGACGCGAUCGCGAUGGACGAGCCGCUGGCCAUCGUGGAGACGGACAAGGUCACCGUGGACAUCAACAGCACCAUGGAGGGGGUGAUCGUCAAGCAGCACUACGCGGAGGAGGACACCGUGUUCGUGGGCAAGCCCUUCAUCGACGUGGACACCGGGGCGCAGGCCGGCAGCGCCGGCGUGCCGGAGAGCGCGCAGGAAAAGAAGGUGGCGGCCCCGGAGGAAGUGGCCGCCAAAGAGGCGAAAGCCGAGGAGCCGGUCGCCGAGAGCAAGCCGGUGGAGGAAGCCCCCACCGAAACUAGGUCUCAGGUCCAGAUGACCCGCAUGCGCAAGCGCAUCGGCGAGCGGCUCAAGGAGUCCCAGCAGACCACCGUGAUGCUCACCACGUUCAACGAGUGCGACAUGGGCGCCAUCAUGGAGCUGCGCAAGGAGCUCAACGAGUCCGGGAAGUUCCCCGUGAAGCUGGGGUUCGUCUCGGCCUACCUCAAGGCGGCCACCAUGGCGCUGCAGAAGAUGCCGAUCAUGAACUCGUACAUCGAGGGCGACGACAUCGUCACCAAGCACUUCGUGGACAUCUCGGUGGCAGUGGCCACCCCCACGGGGCUGGUGGUGCCCGUCAUCCGCAACUGCGAGGGCAAGUCGUGGGCCGAGCUCGAGCAGCAGCUCGCCGACGCGGCCAAGAAGGGCCGCGAGGGCCGCCUGACGGUGGCCGACAUGACCGGCGGCACCUUCACCAUCUCCAACGGCGGCGUGUACGGCAGCGUGCUCAGCACGCCCAUCAUCAACCCGCCGCAGUCCUCCAUCCUGGGCAUGCACUCGAUCAUCAAGCGCUGCGUGGUGCGCGACGACGCCAUGGCGAUCCGCCCCAUCAUGAACCUCGCGCUCUCUUACGACCACCGGCUGAUCGACGGCCGCGAGGCCGUGCAGUUCCUCAUCGCCAUCCGCGAGGCGAUCGAGGACCCCUCGACGCUGCUCGGCAACUGA